AUGCAGUCUCCUUGGUACGAUAUAACAAUACGAAUGACAUUUGGAGCGAUUCGUUCAUCCUCAGGUUUAUGUACUGCGCCACUCGUUGACAAAUGUGAUUUAGAAGUCGAUGGUGGCAAACGGAAAAGAUCGAGAAAACUAAUUAAAAGAUCUAAUAUGACUGUUGAAGAACUUAUGACAAGUCAGAUGGCAUCAUCUGUUUGCGAACAGUAUACCGAGCGUGCAAUUGAAUCAACUAAUCAAUUGCAUGUACCAUUCUGCUCAAGUGUGAUUGGGUUUUUAGUCAAAGAAGGCAUAAAUGAAAUGAAUCUAGAAGAUGAUGAAUACCAAUUGUAUAUCGAUAAAAGUGCAUCAGUUAUGGAGAUAGCAGUUCAGAAUGCUAGUGAUAUCGUUGAUAUUCUUAUUUCAAAUGCGCUGGUCGCAACAAACGAUUCGACGCAACAAAUAGAAAAGAAGAAAGAAAAAUUAUUAACAAAUAAUGAACAAACAAGACCAUCAUCAUCUUCAUCAUUAUCACGACCAACUACUUCAACUAUAUCAUUUGAAUUCUCUAGAGAUGAAAAAAUUAAUUUGUCAGACUCAAAAACAGAUACUUUGAUGAAGCAUGUUGAUAAAUCAUCAAGACAAAUUAAUUCAUUAACAAAUAUUAUAAAAGAACUAAAUGGUCAAGUACAUAAUAACAUUGAUUUAUUGACAUCCAAACAUGAAUUAACAACAUUAUCUUCAUUUACAAGAAAAUGUUGUAUGUUUGUAUAUAAUCGAAAUGAAAUAUUACAAGGAAUUCAUCUAAUCAUUGGUGAACGUGUUUACGUAUAA